CGCUAAAUUUAUGCGUAGUCGGAAGUUGUGCCUCUGGAAGGGAUUUACGCAUCAAUAAUGGCGGCAUUGGAGACGGUUCCGAAGGAUUUAAGGCACCUGCGAGCUUGUCUGCUUUGCUCGUUGGUCAAGACUAUAGAUCAGUUUGAGUAUGAUGGUUGUGAUAACUGUGACUCCUAUCUGCAAAUGAAGGGGAAUCGAGAGAUGGUGUAUGACUGCACCAGUUCUUCUUUUGAUGGGAUUAUUGCAAUGAUGAGCCCUGAAGACAGUUGGGUCUCCAAGUGGCAGCGGAUAAGUAACUUUAAGCCAGGUAUCUAUGCAGUAUCAGUGACAGGGCGGUUACCUCAAGGUAUUGUAAGGGAACUGAAGAGUCGAGGUGUGAUCUACAAAUCAAGAGACACUGCUAUCAAAUCUUAAUGGCUCCAUCUUACCACCAAAAUUAUUCCUAAUGAUGCUUUCCAACUAGCAUUCACCUUUUACCUAUUUGUAACAUUCUGUAAUAUUAUUACAUUUAUAUAUUUGUGUAAUGUAGCAUCCAAAUGUUAUGCUUAAUAUCAGUGAAGUGUUUGUGUAUUCUUCCAGAAAAAUAAGUGGAGAGUCCGCACUUUAUACUUUUAUUCUGCAAAGUUAUUUUACCCCUUGGUCAGGGAGAAAAGUUUGUUUACCAGAUAGUAGAGCAAAUGUCUAAUGUGACUGUUUAGUGCAGAUUGCAAUAGAAGUUCUGUUGUUUACAGACAUAGCACUGAAAUACUGAUACUAAAGACCAAAAACAUCUUUUUGAGGUGGAAGGGGGAGAAAAAGAAAAUUUGAAGCAUAGAUAUGACAGUGUUUGUUGAAAAAUUGAGAAGUGAUAGAACUGGCAAGCUGCCAUGUAAAUUUCAAAGGCUUGUAUUCUUCACUUUGAAUGUUGUUCCUUCCAAGAAUACACUUUGGAGAGCAUUUAUAAUAAGGAGGAAAGUGGAAUAAUAAAACAAUGCCAACAUAUUGGAUGUGAGCAUCAGCCGUGGCUUAGAUGAUAACUCUCUCGCUCUGACGCAAAGUCCCACACCAGGGCUUGAGCACAAAAAUUGAGGCUGACACUUCAGGGAAUAAGAUGUUAAACCGAGACCCCAUCUGCCUGGCUAUUAAACAUCCCUUGACACGAUUUCAAAGAAGAGUAGAGGAGUUAUCCUCAGUGUUCUAGCCAAUAUUUAUUCCUUAAUUUAACAUCAAAGACUGAUUAUUUGGUCCUUAUUGCAUUGCUGUGUGUGGGAGUUUGCUGUGUGCAAAUUGGCUGCUGCAUUUCCUAUGUUACAACAUUGUCUACAUAACCAAAAGCACUGCAUUGGCUGUAAAGCACUUUGAGAUGCAAGCUUUUUAUGUAGCACCUUUAAUGUGGUAUAAUAUUCCAGUAUCCUUCACAGGAGUAUUAUUGAGCAAAAUUUAACACCAAGCCACAUGGGAUGUUAGGGUUAAAGAGGUAAGUUUUAAGAAGCCUCUUGGAGGGGAGAAAGGUGAAAAGGUUUAGGGAGAGAAUUCCAGAGUUCAGGGCCUAGGCAGCUAAAGGCAUGGCAGCCAAUGGUGGAGCAGCCAAAGGUGGAACAGUUCAAAUUGGCAAUGAGCAGGAGACCAGAAUUGGAGGAGCACCAAUAUCUUGAAGAGUAUAGGACUGGAGAAAAUUGCAGAAUUUAAAAAUUGGAGCUUUAACUGGGACCAGUGCCGAUCGUUGAGCAUGGGGUGAUGUUUGAAUGGAACACAGUGAGAGUUAGGACAUGCAUAUCAGAGUUUUGGGUCACCUUGAGUUUGAGCAUUCUACACCCUGUUUCAUGGUGGUAAUAUGAAACCAUAACUUUCUUUGAUACCUUAAUGUUGGUUAGUGAUUAAAAUAGGCAGAACAUUUAUUGUAAGAAUGUUAAUCAAUUUUCUGGACAAUUGAUUUGCGUGAGCUGUUGUAAAGUUCAAUUAGGAUUACAAGUGGAGUUCUGUACAAAGACAUAAUCUCUCGGAUGAAUAGAGGAAGAAUAGUUUUGAGGAGAAUGAAGCACUACCUAGAGAUUUGUGAGUUGCAGCUAUCUAGUAAUUAACCCUGUGGCAACACUGCAAUAUGGCCUUCGUCAAAAAGUUAAACAGCUGAAUGGAACUUUGCUGUUUUCCUCAGCUGCCUACUGUAUCCUUUUAAACUCCUCUACUCUUUCCCUACCACCCUAAUUUCUAACAAGUUUGAGGUGCUGAUGGAUUUCUUUGGUUGAUUGCUAUAUUAAUAGCAUUUUGUUUCCUUGCCCGUUUCUCUUCAGUCCUUUCUUAUCCCUUGUUGCUUCACCCAGCUUGUUGUCAGGCUCAUCCUAUUCCUGAAAUAUUUUCUGGCUUCUCAGACUUACGUUGGCACUUUAUUAAUCAAUGCUUCAAAUUUAAACUUGUGUUUAAUUCCCUGCAUUUGUAACCUCCAGCCCUACCCUCCCAAACUGUUUCUCUGCCUCUAGUCAUUUGUGUGUUUUGUCCCUCUUCACUCCACCUGUUGUGAUUGUACCUGUAGCUGCCUGAUCCACAUUUUGGAAUACCUCCCUAAACCCUGCUGCCUCUCACUUCCCUCUCUAAAAUCUAUCUUGAAUCCCACGUCUGACCAAUAUGCUGGGGUGACCUUAAUGAGGUCAGAGUGGGACUUCUGCCCCACACAGGCAGGAAGCCCUGCCCUUGAGAGUUGCUGGCCAAUCUGAUUGGCUAGCAGCUCUGUAGUUCCAGCAGUGAAUGUUACUGUGUUUUGGCACUGUUGAGAAUACAAGGAGUCCUGAGAAGAAUGGAAGAUGUCUCCCAGUCUCAAGUUAGUCUGGGCAUUUUUAGGUGGGCAUGUUUUCAUGACCUCUGUGAGGGAGUGAGGAUUCAGGUUUUAGACGCCAGGGGAUAGGUGCAAAGAUGGUGGUGGUUGUGGUCCGUCUUGGGAUGUGCUCCUAAUGGGCCCAGGGGCCUCGCACCCUCCCCCUCCUGCCCGUCUUUAGCCCAUGCAGUGAAGUCUACCAGGCUAGUCCCCUUCUGCCUUUCCCUGUUGUACGUAUUAUAGCAGCAGAGGUGGAAUGAGAUCCUUAAGUGUGCAGUUUAUGGCCAUUUAAGGCCUUCAGGCCUAAGUGUGGGUGGGCUGAUACCUUACCUGUCCCCCUAUAAAAUGGGGUCAGGUUAGGGUGGAUGGGAAGGUGGUGGGCUGACCUCCUUUAUUUUAUGUGCCUUUUGCCUUCCAAUACGCUGGGGGGAUAUAAUUCGCCCGCAAAUUUUUGUCCUCCCACACUAGACUUUGAUUCAGGAAUUCAUUUUUUCUUCCUUCGAGUGCAAAUUGCUGAACAAGCAAUAUAUACUUGGGAUAACCCAUACAUCAUAAAUGUAAGAAUGCAAAGCUCCAUGUCCAUAUUAGGUCAGUGGAAAGUCUGAAUUGCCACCAACUGGCUUCCAUUCAAACAAUUUUUACUCCCUCUGAUCUGUAACUCAUUCAAUGAUUUGGCAGAUUCACCUUUAAGUGUGUUUCUUACCAGUUUUGAUUUUGCAACAUUGACUGAAGAGAUUUAUUGUUUUCUGCUGUUAUGCCCCACUUAAAAAGCUUCAAUUUCCAUCAGGUAACCUCCCUACAAGAUAUUUGAAGAGAAUAAUAUGAUUGAGAAUUGGUUUGUGAAGAAUUGAAGAUGAAUUGUAAAUGCCUUAUGAAAUCAAACUUUGGGAAGUUUCUGAAAGCUUCAUGUGCUCAGAUGUCAAAGUUCUUGCUCACCUGUUGUCUAAGGAAAAUAUCCUGUCAAAGCAAAUGAUUUUGAGGCUGACCGAGGCCUUCGAAUAAAAGCACAAGGCACAU